AUGGCCGCUGAAUGUACGGGCGCUCAGCGUCACCCCGACCACCCCGACAUGGAGAAUAAAGACAUGGACGAACCGCAUGGACGUAGCAACGCCCCCAGUGACAAUGAAUCAAUUGACUCGUCUAUGAUUGACGAAAAUGGUUUUGAGAUGCCCCGGUAUCAUCUGAAGCGUCGACGCCGUAGUGCCUCCGGCUCCAGCAUCGAGACCGUCAUGUCCGUUUCUUCUCGUCAAGGCAAUGUGCCUCGCACUGUUCUCUUCCGGCCCUCAAUCAAAGGGGACAGUGUUACUUCGCUUCGACUGGUGAAACUCGAAGAGUUUCUCAACUCUGAAGCUCCCAACGAACUAAGGGAAAUCCGAAUCAACCGCGCCCUCAAUAUAGUGGCAGUGGAUGUCAAAACCAUCGCCGGCGUCACCCUGCUCCUCGCCCUCAACCGUCUCUGUGCCAUGCCGGUUCGUGCAGCAAUGCCGACGCCCAAAUGCGCGAGUACCGGUGUUAUCCGCGUAGUCGACCUCUCACUCACUGACAGCGAGUUGUGCCAACGCCUCCGUUCUCCAGUGGAUUUCUCCAGUGUAAAGAGACUUGGAAAAGACUCCGAGUCGGUGAAAAUUGUCUUCGUAUCUUCGUCCCGUCCUUCAAUAGUUCACAUCGGCACUGUAAAGUGCCCGGUCUCCGCCUACAAGCCCAAGCCAACACAGUGUUUUAAAUGUGGGCGCUUCGGGCACGUGAGCGUGUCAUGCCCAAGGCCGGAACAGUGCCUUAUCUGUGCCGGUGACCACGCUAACAGCGCGUGCCCGGAAGGGAGUGUCCCGAAGUGCUCCAAUUGCGGCCUAGCACAUUCUGCUGUCGACAAAACCUGUCCGGUGAAAAAACGGGAAACUGCUGCGCAUCGCUACGGCUUGAAAGAAAGCAUACCAACGAGGAAAGCUCGGAAAAUGCUCAAGAAUAAGGGCCGCAUCCCCCAUUGUCCCUCGGACUCCUCCUCACUCCCUAACCGUGUGCCACCGACAAACAUCGACGCUAACGCACCUGCAGCUCCUCGCCCAUCCGCCGAAAUUGCUCACGACCACGAAAUGGCGUCGCGCCAAGUUGGUACAGCAACUCAGGACGACACGUCGAGUUCACAGAGAACAUACAGCGCCACUCUCCAGGGCAACAAGACACACGACACCGCAUCUCAAGAGCUUCGGGAAGUCGAUGGAAAACGCGUCGCGCACCGUUCCCCAAGCCACCAUGCCCAUCCCACAGCUCCCCGCCCAACUGACCACAGUAAUUCUUCAACCGUGGACUGGGGCAACGCCUUGCCCACCUUCGCUUCCUUCAUCAAGAUCGCCUUCCUUGUACUCAAGACACUGGCACAAUGUUCUGCCCUUCCAUCGGGACUCAGGUACUUUAUCUCCUUGGUCAUACCCCUGGAACACUCUAUCGCCAGCCUCUUGGGAGUAUAA